AUGUCUGAUUCAAACCAUUCUGAUCAUUCGGAUUAUGGAUAUACUCCUUCUCUCGCCCCGGCAGUGGCUUUUAUAGUCUUGUUCUCUGUAUCUGCCAUCGUACACUCCAUUCAAGCGUUCCGUAGUAGAUAUUGGAUUGUCUAUCCGACAUUGGUAUUAGGAGCUUUGGUAGAGAUCCUCGGUUGGUCAGCAAGGUUAUGGAGUCAUGAGAACGUUUUACUCUUGACACCUUUUUUGAUGCAGAUUUCUACUCUCAUCAUCGCCCCAGUUUUCUUCUCAGCCUUCGAUUAUACCCUUCUCGGAGUAGCUAUCUCCCGAUUAGGUCCACAAUAUUCUAUCCUUCGACCCACUUGGUACUUAGCCAUUUUCCUAGUAGCCGAUACAAUAUCCCUCGUUAUCCAAGCUGUCGGAGGUGGUAAAGCAUCCGCAGCCGCUGCAAAAGGUAUCCCAACAGCUUCAGCCACUGAUACCAUGGUAGCGGGUAUCAUCAUCCAAAUGAUCGCCAUGGCCGUUUUUGUAGGAUUAGCAUUUGAUUUCAUUUGGAGAGCGAGUUUGAAGAAACCUUAUGCUUUUCAAGAAAGAAGAUUGGAGAAAAUCAUCGCUAAAAGUGUUUCUGAUAGAGGUGUUGGGAGUGUCGAAAAAGUUGGAAGAGAUGGGAGAAUUGGGCAAGGUGAAGAAAGUUUGAGGAAUUGGUGGAUCUUAAUGGCUGGAGUGGCUAUUAGUAGUGUUAUGAUUUUACUUCGAGGUGAUCACAUAGCUUAUUACACAGGUAUUUACCGUUCGAUCGAAUUAAAACAAGGAUGGUCAGGUCAUUUAAUGACGACUGAAAUAUUCUCAAUUUGUCUCGAUGCCAUCCCUAUGGUCAUAGCAGUCGCCGUUUUCAACUUUAUAAACCCCGUUUUCCUCUUACCCCGUCGACCGGUUUGGAAAGGGUAUCAUUAG